AUGCUAAUCGCAGGGAAAGUAGCGGUGAUAGCAGCCACGUCGAGGUUACAAGCUUUGUCCAACUGCUUUUCUCGUCCUUACUGCAGGCCGAACCAUAUCCAAACAGUACCUGUACCAGUACCCCCACACGACGUGUUCAUAAGCCACCGGGGGCCCGAUACCAGAAGAAACCUUUCUGGUUUACUCUACGACCACCUUCUCCGGCUUGGGCAUAGGCCUUUCCUCGACUACCGAAACAUGAAAGCCGGUGACAAGUUGUCGGAAACGAUCGAUACCGCCAUUCGAGAUUGUAAAGUUGGUGUUGUAGUUUUCUCACCCAGAUUUUGUGAGUCCUCCUAUUGUCUUCAUGAGUUGACUCUGCUAAUAGACUACAAGAAAAGGGUUAUACCCAUCUUUUAUAAUGUCAAACCGUCCCAGCUUCGGGUUGGGGACAUAUACAAUGGAACUUGUGUUUCAGAUCAGAAAGAGCUUGAGAUCAGAUUCAGCAGAGCACUUGAAGAAGCUAAAAAUAUCGUUGGACUUGACUUCAAUUCAUCAAAAGGAUAUUGGUCAGAAUUCCUACAGAGUGCUUCUGAUGCCAUCAUAGAGCAGAUCAGUCAGAGUUCCUGA